ACGAAAUAGAUCUAGAUUCUACAACUUUACAGUUUUCAAAUAUUUUGAGUCAAAUACAUGUUGCGUUCAAUACAAAGCUUGAUUGCAAUAGCCGCUAGAGACUAGAUUUAGAUCAAGAAUCAAGAUCUAAAUACUAAUUAGAUCUAGAUCUAAAUGCCGUGAAGUUUUAAAACUAAUUUAAACUUAGUACUAGAUUCUAGAUCUAGAUGUCUACAAUGACAGAUAAACUAAAUAACAGCCUGUUGGUUAUUAUUAUUGAUACAAAUCCCGUGUGGUGGGGGAAGAAAGGAGUCACUGAUGAGCAGCUGAGCCUGAGCCACUGUGUUGACAGUGUAAUUGUCCUGGCCAACUCCCACCUCAUGUUGACACACAGAAACAAGCUGGCUGUCAUUGCUGCUCACACAGACCACUGUGAAUUCUUGUAUCCCUUACCUGAAUCAUCAAACAAAAGAUUGGUAAAAUUACCUGAUGACGGACAGUACGAGCUCUUCAGUCAAGUUGAAAGUCAACUCAAGUCACAAAUCAAGCAGCUGAUUGCUGCAGAUAAGGAGAAGAUGGACGAGAUGUACGAGCUGAUGGAGGGACCCAGUGACUCACUGCUGGCAGGGGCCAUGUGUAAAGCUCUCUGCUAUAUCCACAGACUUGAGAAAGAGUGUCCUAUUGGAGAAACUUUGUCUGCUCGUAUGCUGGUGAUCAAAGGAUCUGAGGACUGCCCCUCUCAGUACAUGAACUUUAUGAAUGCUGUCUUCACUGCCCAAAAACAGAACAUCGUGAUAGAUGCAUGCAUACUGGAUGCUGAGUCCGGCUUGCUUCAACAGGCAUGUGACAUAACUGGUGGAGUCUACUUAAAAAUUCCGCAGCCAAUGGGCUUGUUACAGUACCUGAUUUGGGUGUUUCUACCUGACCCGAGCACUCGAUCAAAGCUGGCUUUACCUCCCCGUGCCCAAGUGGAUUACAGAGCUGCAUGUUUCUGCCACAGGAAUCUCAUAGACAUCGGCUACGUCUGCUCUGUUUGUCUGUCUAUUUAUUGCACCUUCAGCCCCAUCUGCUCCACCUGUCAGACAACGUUCAAGAUUCUAGGACCACAGAAAAUUUUAAAAAAGAAAAAAAAGAUUUAAGAUUGAUCAUAAUUGUUUGCAUAAUUAAAUCUGUAAAUA